CUAUUACAGUAUAAUAGCAUUGAUUACAUAUAAACAAUAAUUGUCUUAUAGUUUAUAACUUGUUAUUUAAUGACUGUUUAGUGAAUCGAUGGCAAUGUUGUGGUCAACACAAUGGUUGACAACAAAUACAAUUGAAUGACCACUUAUGACAUGCAAUGGUCACACACUUUGACACUAAUAGCAAAACAAUAGACUUAAUGAAAUUAGUAACUUAUUGAAGACAAAAAUAUAAUGAAAUGGAUGACAAACGGAUCGCCGAUUACUUUGUUGUGUCCGGUAUUUCGGAUGAAAGGUGUGUACCGUUUGAUGAGAGUCUAAGUCAAGAACGGCUAUCAAUACCAAAGUCAGUGCAGACGUCUUCAGCGCCCAUUACCGACAUUACAGUCAUUAUUCGGAGUGCAAACGAGUCGGUACCCCACGGAUACACGUGCUUAGAGUCGACACCAUUAGGUUUUCCUGCGGACCUAAAUCAUGGAAGUCUGCGGAGUCCAAGUGUUUACAUUUGCUUUAAACGAGGCAGAGAUAAACCACCACUGGUUGACAUCGGAGUGCUUUAUGAAGGAAAGGAAAGGGUUAUGUCUGACAGCGAAAUCGUCGAAAAGACAUUUUAUGGACAACAGGCUAAUGUUAAUAACAGCGGUUCACGUACUUUCCUCACCUACAGGAGGGCCCGAGACAAUGCCCCCUGCAAUCAGUUAGUCGUUACCGACUUAUGUGUCAUAUUAGCAAAUAAAGGAGAGUCACCACCACAUGCUUUCUGUCUCAUCAAUAAGAAUCUCAAUAAAGGAAUGGUUGGUUCAGAUGUGUUUAUAUGUUACAAGAAGUCAAUGAAUAGACCACCUUUACUAUGCUAUAAGCCAUCAAUUAUAGGGCGAUUUCCAUUAGAUGAUUAUCCUCACUAUCCCUUACCGGAAUCGGUGUCAUUAUUUUGUUUUCCAAUGGGUGCUACUGUAGAGUGUUGGCCAAAAAGAGCCCAAUUGCCUAAACCAAUAUUUUCAACAUAUGUAUUGACCUCAGAAGCGGGUGAAAAGGUUUACGGAGCGGCCGUUACUUUCUAUGAAAGUCUUAGCGAUCAUAAUCUUAGUGACAAAGAAUCAGAACAUUUGACUUAUGUUACAGAAGAAGACAAACAAACAAAAUCAUUGCAUAGAAUCAAAUCAAUUAGUAUUCUGAGUCAAUGGCCAUUCUUUGAAACUUUUGAAAGAUUUCUAUUAUUCUUAUAUAAAACAUUUGUAGUCUCAUCCACUAUACCUCAAAAAAUACCAAUUGAAAGAUAUAUUUCUAAUUUUAUGCUUGAGAUACCCUUUCCAUUACCUAAUAGACCAAAAAUUUUGGUUCAAUUAGGAAUGAAUCCCGAAGAGACUGUUCUUAUUUCACAACCACCAGAAUAUAUGCCUUUAGCCCUAACGGGUGCCUCCUUUACACAAAUGUUGCGAAAUUUGGGUCCAGAAAACUGUCUUCACGUAUUACUAUUUGCAUUAACUGAACAAAAAAUUUUGUUACAUUCAUUACGACCCGAUGUGCUGACCAGUGUUGCCGAAGCAGUGGUUACAAUGAUAUUUCCGUUCCAUUGGCAGUGCCCUUACAUACCUAUGUGUCCAUUAGGUCUGUCCGAUGUUCUCAACGCUCCGCUCCCUUUCAUCGUUGGAGUCGAUUCACGAUAUUUUGAUUACUUUGAGCCCCCGACAGACGUGGCAUCAAUUGAUUUGGACACUAACUCUAUUUAUUUGUCUGAAAGUAAGCGUCAGUUUAAUCCUAAACUAAUGCCGAAAAAGCCGACCAGAGUUUUAAAGUCAACUCUUGAAAAACUUUUUGAACGUCUUUUGCAUCCAAUGUCUUCCACUAAUGGCUCUUAUAAUGCGACAAAUAAAACAAAAAAUAGUGUAUUUGGAGAUAAUUUGAGAACUAAAAAGAUUGAGAGACAAAUUGAAUUGGAAAUACAGGAGGCUUUCAUUAAGUUUAUGGCAACUAUUCUUAAAAAUUUUCGCUCAUAUUUAUUGCCCAUAACUCGGGCGCCAACAGUGGGUGCAACUGAUCCCAGUUCUCUAUUUGAUUUGCAAGGCUUUAUUAAAUCUCGUGACAAAAAUUACCAAAAAUAUUAUACUUUAAUGAUGAAGACUCAGAUGUUUACCCGUUUUAUUGAAGAGCGAUCUUUUGUUUCCGACAAAAACAUAAGUCUUGCUUUUUUUGACGAGUGCUCAGAAAAACUCGAUUCUUUAAGCGAUUCCGUGGACUCGAGUUCACUGCGUUUACUAGAUUUUGGUGAUUACAUACAUAAUGAUCAAACAGUUUUUAUACCACCACCAGAACCCAUGACGUCUGACGAUGAAUUUACAUAUAGCGAAUUUGGUCCAUUUGAUCCACAAAAGUUUCAUAAACAUCCAACAUUACACACAUUAUCACGAAUCGGUUCUCUUGUAAAUGAUAGCGAAAUCGGUCUCUCAGAGAAUUCAUCGUUGAUUGGACCGUCGAGUCCAAUGUCUAAGCGAACUAAACAAGAGAUAAGAAGUGCACAAAAGGUUGCCCGAAGACACGCUGAUUCACCGAUGACAUGGUCUAAGUGCCUCUUAAGCUAUUGCUAUAGUCUAUGGUUUCAUCACUUACCCGCUUAUGUCAAAGCAAAUCAUUUAUCAAAACCUAAACCAUUAAGUAUUGCUUUUCAAGUCCUUUUGCGGAUGCAAUCACUCGGCUUUCAUCCGUCCGAUGAGGUCUGCUAUCGGGUUAUGAUGUUAUUGUGCGGUAUUUAUAGUGAACCCAUUUUAGCAGUCAAAGUAUUGUUUGAAAUGAAAGCUCAAAAAAUAACCCCAAAUGCAAUCACUUACGGCUACUAUAAUAAAGCAGUUCUCGAGAGCAAAUGGCCGACUGGCGACACAACUGCAUCACUCAUGUGGAACAAACUAAGGAACGUUAUCGUAGGUGUGGCUCAGUUCAGACAAAAUACUAAAAUUAAAGCCAUAAAAGUUGAUCCAAACUUAAAUGAAAUUAAAUCAAAUUCAGUGAAAAGUUUUUCAGAUAAUGGUUAUGUGACUAAUACUGAUUCAAUUAAUUCAGAAUCAAAUUCUGCAAAUCGAUUGAUCAAAGAUCUCAAAGAUUUUGAUUCUUUUAGAGAAAGGACGCGAAGUAUUGUUCGUCAAUCGAGUUCUCCAAUGAAUUGUUUGCAUGACUUCGACAGUGCGGCCGGUCUUCUUAUGACAACUGAUUACUCAAAGUUUGGCGACAAAAAUAUCAUUUGUAAUGAUUAUAAUUUAAGACGACGGCAUAAGAGUGCCGAACACGAAGAUCUAAAUUUAAAGCCAAAUUUAGACACAAAUGUAAUUUCUCUGAAAUCUUGUUCACCGAAACCAUACUUAAGGUCAUAUAGCUUUGGAAACGACGAAAAGAUUCUUCAAAAGCUUAGAUCCGAAACAUUAAAGGAGUUGAGACAACAGUUUCAACAAAACGAAGACGAAAAUAAAAAAUUAUCACUUAAUACCAAUAAAAAUAAUUCGACAGUUAAUUCAUUUAAAACUAUUGGAGGUCUUACUCGAUGUACAGAAGAUCCUGAAGAAGGAGAUGACGAUGCAUGUGAUGAGAUCGAUGGUGAAGUAGAGGUUAUGAAGAAUUGGAAACACAACUUAACUCAUUCUAAAUUAAUUGAAUCACAAGAGUUAGACAUUCAGUCAUUAGAAGAUUCAUCCGUCACUUUAAAGGACAGUAAAAUUAAUUUUAAGAGCUCUGAAGCUAUUGAUUCCACAAAAAGCUUAGAUAAAUCAUUAGAUAAUUCAAAGACAAAUAAUGUUAAAGUUAUUAAGGAUACUAAAGACACUAAAGAUGGAUUAAAUUCUGCGUUUAGUCCAUUAAAAGAUGCCUUAAUGAAUAUGGAGUUGUUUGCAUCUGACGGUAAAGUGGCCUCAACUUUAAGAUCCAGUUUUCGAUUGGCCAGUCGUUUUGCCAAAUCGUCGUCUCCUAAAACAACUAUUACCCGAAGUUCAACAUUUCAUGAAUCAAAUUACAGUACUUCUGAAAAGGCUAUCAACAAAUUUGGUGCUCUUUUUAGACGUGAUUCACAAAAAUCAAACUCAGGAUCGAACUCCCGGUCGAAAAAUAUGAUCCGAUCGGCAACUUUACCUCCAGUUUUGUCAUCAAAAUUAAAUGAUAUUAAAGACACUAAUAAUAGUUUUGAUAAUACAAUCAAACUUGAAAGUCAAGAAAGUGUUUCAUUUGGAAGUAAAGAUGAAAUUGUGACCGAAGAUGACAGCAGUAGAGAAAAUUCAUUAUUAAAUUUGAGCGCUCAGUGGACUAAUAGACUGACCACUAAUAAACAUUCUGAAUAUGUUUAUUCAACAAUCAAAUCUGCGGCAAACAAUAUGGCUAAUCGUUUUAGUGAUUUAAAAUCGUCAUUGGCUUCAACAUCAUCUGUGACCUCAUCGCCAUCGAAAAUCAUUAAUUCAACCAAUGCUUCAGGAGUUGUGACAGGAGUGGCCACUGGAACUGCUAACUUGUUAUCUCAAUGGGCGAGUCAAUUGGCCGAAAAGUUUCCAUCAAAUUUGGUUUUCGAUGACGACGACUGUUCGAGUAAUAACUCAUUUGAUAUGAGAAGAAAUAGUUUUGCCUCAGAGGAUGAAGUGAGUGAACGUUCUCGAGACGGAUCUCUUGGCAGAAAUUUUACCGGUUUUGGCAUUAAUUCCAAUACUUCACCACUUUUUGAACUUUUGGACAAACAUUAUACAACUUCUUUAGAACCAAAAUCUUUAGAAACAAAUAUUGAAAUUGUUAUGGAAAUAGUUAUGACUUCUUGUUCUCGAUGUUAUACAUGUCAUGCUAUCAUUUAUGAUGAAGAAAUAAUGGAGGGAUGGACUCCUGAUGACUCUAAUCUUAAUACUAACUGUACUUUUUGUAGUUCAAAGUUUGUACCAUUACUUACAAUCAUACUUCAAGACUUGAAAAAUCACUCAUUUGAUAUAAAAAAUGAUUUACAAAAAUCUGAAGAUUCAAAUAAAACUUUAGAAAGUAUUGAUGAGAUUGACUCUUCAUUUAAUGAAGAAAACAACAGUUGUAUUAAUAAUAAUGAAAGACAGUCAUCAAAAUUAGCUAAAAAUGUCGAAACAUUUGAACCGAUAACUGUUCCUUAUUUAAGUCCAUUAGUUUUACGCAAAGAAAUUGAGAAUGUAUUGAAUAAUGAGGGAGACUUAUGUCUGGCCAAACCCGAGUUUGUUGACGAACAUCCCAUUAUUUAUUGGAACUUAAUUUGGUAUUUCAAACGGAUUAAUCUCCCGACACAUCUACCCGUGCUUUGCCUGUAUUCCAAUACAUUUAAUAAAAAUAAUACAAAUAAUAUCGACAACUUUAAACUUACGGAUUAUCAAAAAGUAUCGGUGCUUUGUAUGUGGGAUAAUGAUAGACUUCAUGAAGAGAUUGGAAGUAGUUCUUUACACAAACUAUGGCUCGAGACAUCAUUUGAAUCACCAUUGGUUCACGCAUUGGUCACCGAUGAGCGCAAACCGGGACAACUAACUCGAAGUCUUAUGAAACAAAUUAUUAAUUCAAUUCAAUGCAAUGAUUUGGCGACACCAAUGAAAUUACUGAUUACUGAACGAUUAAAAUUGAAUGCCAAGAAAAGUAAUAUAAGACAACAUAGUAUUUAUCGAGACUUAUUAUUUCUAUCAUUUGUGGCAUUGGGUCGAGAAAAUAUCAAUAAUACUGCAUUUGAUCGCGAAUAUCGUCGCGCAUUUGAGUCGAUGUCACCCAAAGAUCAGGAGGCACUCAAAUCCAUUGAUAAGCCGCCAUCCAUUGGAAUCGUCUUCUGUCGCCGAUUCUUCAAAGAACUUGAACUCAGACCACAAUCAACUACUUCUUUGCUUAUGAAGAAUUAACUAAACAAAUGACUCAUUUGAUCAUAAGUGGUGCCAGAAUUUAUCAUUUUUUAAACGG